AAUCAAACGUAUUCGCCAAUCAAAACAGCCAACGCCAUUAAAAAUUGAUGUAUUAGAACCUAUCGCUAAUUCAUCAUUAUCUUCUACGAGUUCCGUUGAUUCAAAACUGAAAGUAAAACUAUGUCGAUCACAAAGUUCAACGAAUGAUUGGUACAUAUCGCAAUCGAAAACGCCCAGUGAACUUCCUGAUCUGAUUAAUUCAUGUGAAAAUCGAACAGAUCAUAAACCAAUAUCAUUAAAAAAGAAAACAAUCUUAAACAAACCUCGACGACGACGUAUACGUUUUAUUCCAACGAUGGUUAGAGUCCCACCAUCAAUAUUUGAUCGUCUUUCGAAUAAACAAUAUGAUUUCGAUAUAUUUCAA